UGUCAUUUAUUUUGACAGUUGUCAAACAAGUCAUAAUAGUUAUCAAUACUUAUUUGAUACUUAAAUAUUUUGAGUGGUUCUCUCUGUUAUGCAUUUUAUUUAAACCAUUAUUUAUGUAUUAAUAAUUAGAAACACCUUAAAACGUAACCAUACAAAGAAAGUACCAUGGCUAUGUUUCAAGGUUUUAGAGUAUUUGAAAAAAUACAAGCUGCAAGUCCACACAGUAUUCUAUUGGAGCACAAGAACAAGAAUGACACCUUACUGUUCGAGAGCCAGGCAAUUGCAGUGCUUUCACCUCAAGAAACCGAUGCUGUCAAGAGGAUGUACACUAAGUUAACAGAUGCAUAUGCCUGCUUGGGUGUCCUACAGCUAAACACAGGUGAAACCAGUGUCAUGUACCUGGUCAUGGUGACAGGUUGCUUCUCUGUGGGUAAAAUAGCAGACUCAGAGAUCUUUCGGAUCACCCAAACCAUGUUCAUUCCAUUACACUAUCAACAUUGCGAAGACAGAAUUGUUGAGGUUCGCAAACUCCUUAAUUCUGGUACAUUUUAUUUUUCUUGGUUGUCUACCACAUCAACCAAUUCUUAUAAGAUCCCAUUAGAUUUAACCUUGUGCGCGCAGCGCAAGCAAAGAACGUCGCUGACGGAUAACCGCUUCUUUUGGAACCGUAUGCUACAUGUACAUUUGCUGAGAUACGGGGUGGAUUGUAAUUCAUGGCUAAUCAAAGCUAUGUGUGGCUCAGUUGAAGUAAGAACUGCCUUUGCUGCUCAUAGGAAAGCCACGGCAGCUGUUAUAUCGCGUUUGAGCUGCGAAAGGGCUGGGACUAGGUUUAAUGUUAGGGGUACCAACGAUGAAGGACACGUCGCUAAUUUUGUAGAAACCGAACAAGUGAUAUACCUAGAUAAUGAAGUGUCUUCCUAUAUACAAACUCGUGGUUCUGUUCCUCUAUUUUGGGAACAGCCCGGAGUACAAGUCGGGUCUCAUAGGGUGAAAUUAUCGAGAGGAUUUGAGUCCUCUAAAUCAGCAUUCGAUAGGCAUUUAAGGAUAAUCAAAGAACGUUACGGUAGGCAGGCUAUAGUGAAUUUAUUAGGCACCAAUUUGAUCGGCAACAAGGAUGGGGAGAGUACGCUCAGCAAUGAGUUCCAAAAACAUCACCAGGAAUCUAUCUACAGAGAUGAUGUUCCUCAUAUAGUCUUUGAUUAUCAUUUGGAAUGUCGCGGCGGUAGCACGAAUAACUUAAAUAAACUUAAGAUGAAAAUUGAACCGUCGCUUCAGGAGUUUGCCUUCUAUCAUGCAGACAGAUCGAACGUCUACAAUUUACAAACCGGAACCAUCAGGACCAAUUGUUUAGAUUGCUUAGAUAGAACUAAUUGCGUACAAACAUUCUUAGGUCUGGAAAUACUUUCAAAACAAUUACAGGUGAUGAAUCUGAUAGAAAAGAAGCAGACAAUUACGAGAUUUGAGGAAGUAUUUAAGCAGAUGUGGAUGAACAACGGUAAUGCCAUUAGCAAAAUAUACGCGGGGACUGGAGCAAUUCAAGGCGGAUCGAAAUUAAUGGAUGGUGCGCGUUCGGCAGCCAGAACAAUCCAAAACAAUUUAUUAGAUAAUUCGAAGCAGGAGGCCAUCGAUAUAUUGUUGGUCGGUUCGACAUUGAGCACGGAACUGGCCGACAGGGCGAGAACUUUGCUCCCUUGUAAUACACUCCACGCACCACCCCAUAUCCUGAGAGAGAUGUGCCGAAGACAAAACGAGUAUACAACCUCGAUGCCUUUAAGAGUUGUGGUCGGCACAUACAAUGUGAACGGCGGUAAGCACUUCAGAAGUGUCGCUUUCAAGAACACCUCCCUCUCGGAUUGGCUUUUGGACUGCCAGUCUUCGAGCGACUAUAACUUGAUAGACGUAUCAAACGCGUCGAACUCCUCUGAUUCCAUACCGCCGGAUCUCUUCGCCAUCGGCUUCGAGGAAAUUGUAGAUCUGAACGCCGCCAACAUCGUUGCAUCCCGGUGCGAUAACGCGAAGGCCUGGGCCGACGAGCUGCAGAGGGUCAUCUCCAGAGAUAGAUCAUACGUGCUCAUCACCUACCAGCAACUGGUUGGCAUUUGCUUGUACCUAUUCGUGAGACCUGAACACGUUCCCUACAUCAAGGAUGUCGCAGUGGAUUCGGUGAAAACAGGACUCGGGGGACACACUGGUAAUAAGGGUGCAGCUACAAUCAGGAUGGUUUUCCAUGCAACGUCCUUGUGCUUCGUAUGUGCCCAUUUCGCAGCUGGUCAAUCGCAGGUCUUGGAAAGGAACGCCGACUACGCGGAAAUCACCAGGAAAGUGAAUUUCCCGAUGGGGCGCACGUUGAAUUCGCACGAGUAUUUGUUUUGGUGCGGCGAUUUCAAUUACAGGGUGGAUAUGGAUAAGGAGGAGAUUAAGGAGCUCGUUAGGCUAGGCGAUUUGCACGCGGUGCUGCAGCAUGAUCAGCUCAAGAAGCAGCAGGGCCAGGGUAACGUGUUCAAGAACUUCCUGGAGGGUGAAAUUACGUUUCCGCCGACAUACAAAUAUGAUCUCUUUAGCGAUGAUUACGAUACGAGCGAGAAAUGCAGGGCGCCUGCCUGGACCGAUCGCGUCUUGUGGAAGAGGAAACCUCUGUUACCCGACAACGCAGAGGAUGGUUAUAAUUCCGGAAAACUUGUUUACUAUGGCCAAGCAAACUUGAAGCAAAGCGACCACAGGCCAGUCGUUGGGAUUGUAGAUAUUGAAGUCAGGAAGAUCGAUCCGACCGCGAGAGAACGAGUCUUCUAUCAGGUAAUUGCAGAUUUCGGACCACCCGAUGGUACCAUCAUCGUGCAUUGCGAGGACUCCCCACAGACGGAUGAGGAUACAGUUUUCGAUGACAACCUCAUGCUUUCUUUACUGGAAGAACUUUCGCAUAUCGGAGAUGUGAUUUUGGUCCGCUUUGUGGCCGAUACAAUGUGGGUCACCUUUAGGGAUGGUCAGUGCGCUUUGCAGGCUGCCGCCCGGCAGCACCUCAAAGUCCUCGACUACAAUCUAAUCUUAUCCUUAAAAACGCCCAAUUGGGUCGAACAGACCAAAGAGGAGAUCCAACUCUGCACUAGCAAUACUAUUCCAUUGUGUGUAGGUGUCUCGCAACCCGACUAUAACUGUUUAGGUAUUCCAGAUGUGAAUAAAUCGGGGCCUCCGAGCAGACCUCCACCACCUCUGAAGUCUCCAGGAGCUACAAGAAAACUGCCUAAGGCGGCAGCGUUGAACAUAAACAAGUUGCGUCCAGAAGUCAACAUGGAGGAAACAGGGAUAUACGAGGAAAUAAAUGAUGACAUUAUUAGCAGACCGGAGCCUCAAGGGCCACCACCGCCGCCGCCUCCGCCACCUCCACGUCCUGAAUCAACAAACCUUCCGCCACUUCCUCAAAGGGCUACGCCGCCUCCCGUCCCCGCGAGAUCUGCGCCGCCACCGCCUCUGCCAGCCCGCCCCCGUUGAUCCAUCCUUUUUUUUAGCUAGUCAUUCAUGAAAAUGAAAAAGUUCCUCUUUUGCAGACUUUCUGGGUCAGUAAUUCCUGCCUUAAUUUAUUCCUUUUUUAAACAAUAAUUUCCCUUUUUAAUAACCUCUCAACUUCAUUGUGAACGCGGUUGGGGCUGCACGUCUUUAUAUAAAUUUUUAAUUAUGUUAUAUGUCCAUGUAUGUUAUUAUAAAUAUUAUACAGGUUCGAAUAUAUUCUUGUAUGCACACAAUAAAGAAGAAAGAACAAAUAAAAAAACACAA